GAAUUUCCCAGACACCAAACCUAGAGGUCCUAGGGCUUAGGCCGAGAGAUAAGAACGAACUAAGACGAUAAGUCUCUGCCGUUUAAAUCUAAUGACAGUUUUUCUUUCGCGCAAUGUCUGCCCUAGACCCAAAAUAUUAUGACGCCUUGAAAGAGUACAGAUCCGAAAUUAUAAAAUGCAUCGAUGUCAACGAUAUUCUAGGUGAAAUGACCACACUGAUGCCAAAGGACGAAGAACGGAUCAAGGCAGAACUUGAUGUAAGGAGAGGGACCACGCAAUCUGCUUGCAUGGAACUUUUGGAACACAUAAGGAGGAGAGGAAAAGAAUGUUUUUUUGACUUCCUUUUAGCAUUGCAAAUGAACAAGUGUAUGGGGGUGCUAAAUCAAAUUAUAGACCGUGCAAGUUGUAGAGAUGAUUGGGAGAAAUAUUGUGAAACAAAAUUAAGUAGAAAAGGAGAAGUUUCUCAGACAUGUAAAGAGGAGGCUGCAGUGGUUGCUGAGCCAAAUUCUAUUGAUGUUAAGAAAAAAAAACAAGAACCUGUUUCAAAACAUAGGCCUUUUACCAAAGGAAGAAUUACUGGUGAAAUAAUAGCUAAGCAAGUUACUGAGAGCACUAUAACCACCCGACCUCAAGUAGAACCACCUCAAGUGGUACCACCUCAAGUGGUACAACCUCAAGUGAUGACAAAUGCAGCAACCCAGCCAGAUCUUGGAGGCUGUCAAUCAAUCUCUCUAUGUGAUGUCGAGUGGGGUAUUCUAAUAAAGCAAGUACAAAAAGUGGAAUGGUUACAACUGGCCAAAAAAUUUUCCUUCACUGGGCGAGAAAUGAAAGAAAUAAGAAAGAGUGAAAACCAAGAGGACAGAUUUGUGGAAAUAUUGAUAGAUAAAGCAGAUGAGAAAGUAUGGACUUUGGAAACGCUACAAUCCCACAUAAGAGACAUUAAAAAAGAACCUAUAAAGCAAAGUAUACAAGCUGUAGAUGAGAAGUCAAUGCAAGGUCUACCAACUUACGAAGAUGUUGUUGGAAAUAAUUCUUCAGAAUCUCCUGUUUCAUUCAUUACUGAAGAAGCAAGCAAAGGAAGGCCAACAAUUGGAAUGAAUAUUUCUAAAGAGACCUCUGAGCUACCAGUCAUUGAUAAAAGCCAUAUCCAGAAGAAAUCAAAAGAUGUUGAUGGCAAUUUGGAUUUCCAGGGAAAAAAUUUAAACAGUUUAUCAGGCGCAGAUAUUAAAGAUAAUGAUAAGAAGAAUGUCAACAGCGCAGAGCCAAAUAAGAAGCAGACAAUAACUGGCACAAUAUGUAAAAACAGUGCUGGUUUGAUUGAAAAAACAGAAAUCAGAUCUAAUACAGAAGACAUGGAACAAAGACUAGAACCAGUAGCCAGUGUUGACUUUUAUGAUGUCGGAGCUGAAGGGCUGAAAGCAGAAAACGCAGCUGAGAAUUUAAAUCCGGAGGUCACCACAGCAUCUGGAGAACUUCCAAGUGUACAAGCCAGUGCCAUUGCAGAAAAACUGACACCAGAGCCAGUAGCCAGUGUUGACGAGCCAGUAGCCAGUGUUGACUUUUAUGAAGGCACAGGCGAAGCAGGCGAUAAAUUUAAUGCAGCAGAAAAUGUAGGUGAAGUUGGAGCAGUCCACACAAGAGGUGAAGAACUUCAUGCAGGUGUUCAAGUCACUGCCACUGUAGAAACUUAUGAACCAGAACCAGUAGCCAGUGUUGACUUUUAUGAAGGCACAAGUGAGGGACUGAAGGCAGGUGCAGAACUUGAAGCAGCUGAAAAUAGUAAUGUUGGUGAACAAAAAAUUUCAAAUAAAGACAUCAACACAGGAGGUAAAGAACUUCAUUCAGGUGCCACUGUAAAAACUUGGGAACCGGAACCGGAACCAGAAACAUUAGCAACUCUUGGUUAUGAAGACACAGGUGAGGGACUGAAAGCAGGGCCAGAACUUGAAGCAGCUGAAAAUCAGAAUAUAAGAGAAACUCAUUUUUCAUAUCAGGAACUCAACACAGUGGGUGAAGAACUCAGUGCAAUAUUACAAGGCACUACCAUUGCAGAAACCUUGAAAUUAGAACAAGCAAGUCUAAAUGUAAAUGAACCUAAAUUUCCAGAUCAAGAAGUCAACACAGCAGGUGGGAAACUUCAUGCAGGUAUUAAAUCCAAUGCCAAUGUAAAAACUUGGGAACCAGAACCAGAAUCAGUAGCAACUCUUGGUUAUGAAGAUACAGGUGAGGGACUGAAGGCAGGUGAGGAACUUGAAGCAGCGGAAAAUCUGAAUUUACUUAAACAUAAAGGAGGUGAAGACCUUAACGGAGGUGUUCAAGCCAGUGCCUCUCUAGAUAGUUGGGAACUAGAUCCAAGCGAGUUGACAGAACUCUUGGAAGCAGGUAGCUCGCAUUAAUAUUUAGUACAAGUACUGUACAAGCACUGGUGGCCCUGGACAGGGGGCUCAGCUGGCCGAGUUUAGAAAUUAAAAAAGAAUGCGGGAAAAGGAAAAUUGCACUCCAAUUGAAGUUAGAGAGUGCCAUAAUUUUACGCUAUGUUGGAGCUGACAUAGGUCAACUGUUCACCUAGAUCCGCCACUUAUAUUUGGAGGUGAAGGAAGCAAAUAAUCUGACUCGGGUCUGACAAUUUCUAGUGGUGCCAGAAGGACUCCUAGAAAAAUUGGGUCGUUUUGGGCCAUAUGUGGGCUGUUUUGAGGAUUUGAAUGUAUUGUGCCUAAAGAUAUCUUUUUGUUUAAUUUAUUUUUUGUUUUGUCUGACAAAAUAGUGAUAUGGGCAUAGGCUGUCGGAUGGGAUGAGGUGGGGUGGGGGUGGUUGGUACUGUAAUGUGGUGCUGCCAUUGAGAAUCAUGUAGCCGGUGGUUGGUACUGUAAUGUGGUUCUGCCAUUGAGAAUCAUGUAGUUACUUUUCACUCUAAAAAAAUAUCAAAUUCCAAGACACAAUUAUUUUGUUAAUUAUUGGUAUUUUUAUAUAUAAUAAUAUAAUAUAUCGACAACUAGACCUCAUGUCCUUUGGUCAAGUUAUACAUUUUAUCGUGCUAGCAAGUUUUUUAAAUGUAUUAAUAUUAGUGGAAGUAUUGUAUUUGUUUAGGUGAUUCCAGAUUGCAAAUAGAUGGAUGCCACUUAACUUCCCUGUUAAUUGGCAAUAAAACAGUUGCUUUUUAGGUGACAGGGGAGAUGCAAUCAUAGUUUAUAAAAUUUAAAUAUAUAAUUAAAGUG